UGGCAGUCUUGUUACAUCCGUAACAUUUAUGAAAUAUAAACUUUUCGUGAUUCAGCCUGAAAUUUACAUAUAAGUUCAUAACGCAUGAUAUAUAUAUAUCUAUUGGUAAUCAAUUUACAGACGGAUUUGGAAUCAAGAUUGUUAUACUUUACAUACAUCAUGGCAUGGGUCGGUUUCCGAGGUUCUAAGUAGUCCGUUUUGCUGGGUCCGACCGGUCGGUCCGACUGUGAAAUGAUAGUAUGGCGGGUAGUUGGAAAGUUGCUGGAAUAAUUACUGUCCUUUUGGUCAUUUUUACAGUACAUGCACAGAUUUCAAAAUUAAACGUUCCUAGAGUCCUUCUACCGUUAUUCAAAGAGUUCUGUACGAAGUUUACUUUGGAGGUGUCUGACACAGGAUGUUACAAAUGGAGCACUUCCCGUAUUGACCUGAUUCGGCUAAUACCACCUGAGAAUGAGGACUUUGGUAGUGAUUGUUCAAGUAGUGUUAUUGUCUCUGCUAUUUCAAAAGAAAGGAAACGGAACACAGCAAUUGUGUUUGCAGAAGAUAAACGUUCUGGACUUAUUUUGAGAUGUGAUGUGAUUGUUGAUGUCAUCAGUUCCCUUAAUCUUGUUACAACCACAAGGGAAUUGUAUAUGGAAGAAGCACCAGAAGCUUUUGAAGUCAGAGCUUAUGAUGAUCAAGGCAAUGAGUUCUCAACCCUUGAAGGAGUGGAGUUUCAGUGGAGUCUUAGUAACUGGAAUGCCCAUCAAGAGAGCAGCACCAACAGUGACUGUAAUGUUCUCCAACUCAUUACAUUUAGGGAUUCCACAUAUGAGACCCCACCCACAGUAAAAGUGUUUGAUGACAUUGGGAAGCAUGGUCACAUUGUCCUGUUGGAAGGAAUGAAGACAGGUGCUGCCAAGGUAUCAGUCCGACUGCCCCAUGCCGAGUACCAGCAUGUCCCUGCCAUUGAUAUGCAGCUCAUGGUGGUAGCCAACCUCAUUAUCGAUCCAGCUGACAUCUAUCUGCUAAAAGGAGAUUCAGUGCAGUAUCGUAUUCUGCAAGUGCACCAUGGGCGUCUGGAGGAGAUAGUGCUGCCCUCACAGCAGUACUUUCUAGAACUGCAGGACAGUACUGUUGCUGCGAUAAAUGAGCACACGUCUGUUGUGAUGGCACUGAUGGAAGGGAAGACAAGGGUGCUGCUGCACGAUCGUAAUGUAGAUGAGAAGGAGGCAGGAAUUCGUCUCCCGAGUGCCACACUCACUGUCUGUGACCCACACUACCUCACCUUAGCUAUCCUGCCCCACCGGAAUUGGGCUCUUAUGAUUGAUGAACACUAUGAAAUUGUGGUGGAAAUAUAUGACAGUGAUGACCACAAGUUCCACAUUGGGGAUGGAGUCCAGGUCUCAGCCUCAAUCCCAAAGGAGUACUUUCAUGUUGAGUACAGCACAGACAACAACACGCACCAUUAUGGCUGGCCAGAGAAAGUAGGCACAGCACAGGUGAAUGCCACUUUGGAAGGAGUAAGAAAUUCAUUUGGGAUUCUGAAUCCAACUCCAAGGAUCUCUACAGUUGCUGCCAUGUUGAUCUACAAUCCAGUUUCUGUUCACCCAUCUCUAGUCACAUUGCCUUGGGAUCCUAUCAUACAGCCUAAACAUGAAGUGUCUUUAAAUGCUUCUGGUGGUGAUGGGAGCUUCGUUUGGAGCAGCUACAACACAUCAAUUGCUGUGGUGACACAGACUGGCAUUGUGAAAACACAAGCACCGGGUCAUACAGAGAUUUCUGCUGCGAUGACUCGCAACCAUCACAAUCGAGCAGUGGCCAGUGUUUAUGUCUUACCAGCUAGCCACCUGCAGAUAGUGGAGUAUAUGCUAGAAGCUGAAAUCGGAUCCCUGAUACAUCUGCAUGUGGCUAUGUUUGCAGAUCGGCCUGAUGGGCCACACCCUGCUAAUACCAGGAUUCCUUUCACUCACUGCAGUGACCUUCCUCUCACAGUCAAAACCUGGAAUGAUAAUUUUCGGAACUCAUCCUUAAAAACUACACCUGUUGGCAUCGCGUGCACCACAGUUGCAGUUGUUGGCCAUGCUGUGGGAACUUCAAAAGUGUCUGUAUCCUACAGUUUCAGGGAACACACCAUGACAGACAGCACUGUCAUUGGUGCUUACAGACCACUCACAGUCACAUAUCCUCCAUCAGGAGAAACUGUUUUGGCAAUUGGAACCUCAAGAGAAGUAAUGUUUUUGGGAGGUCCACGUCCAUGGGUUAUCCAAUCCUCCGAACACAUCCAUCAAAUAAAUAUCGAGGGAGGCGAAGAGGUUAUUGAAAUAACAGAGUUAAACGAAAGGACUGCUGACUACCCUGAUGUUUAUAUAUACAGAGUUCUGUGCAGAAAGCUAGGUGAGGUGGACGUGACAUUGCAUGUCACAAAUAAGCCAUCAAUAGGGCAUAGCAAAAGAUCGAUGUCCAUGGCCACCCUCAAGGUUCGAUGUGCUGAGCCACGUUAUGUCAGUUUGACCUCUGCACUCAAGGUGCCUGACAGCUCUUCCUGCCCCUUGAAUCUGAAUUCAGAGAAAAUUGUGAUUCAGAACUACAAGCAGGUGGAGCUGCUCGUGAUAGUGAAGGAUGAACAUGGCCAUGUGUUCGAUAAUGUAACAAGUCUGUACUUUGAUUGGAAGCUGUCUGACACCUUGCUCGGAACAAUACAGGAGAAAGGGACGAUAAUUGCAGAGGAUUUGCAGGAGAAAGAUAUUACUGUGCCACACAGAUAUUAUCAAGUGCUGAAACCAAAAGCAAGAACUGGGGUCUUGGAGAUCACAGUUGCAAUUGUGGCAUAUCAGACACACAUGCUGUCUCUCAUGGACAUUGUACCUGAAGAUCCACCUUUCAGGAUUAUCAGCGACAGGGGUCAUGUUUUUACACCAGAAAUUGCUGCUGCUUUGAGUCUGAUACUUGUGAAUGACACCAUCAUAACCCCAAAUCGCACAUCAGUUUUCAAUCAUCCUCAGAACACUGUGAAUCUUCAGGUGAGCCAGGGUUCAGGCUACUAUGAAUUUGUGCUCAGCUCUGAAGAAAUAGCAGAUGUUAACUAUUUGGAAAAUACAAGAGUUCUGGAAGUGAUUCCAAAACUUGAUGGCUUGCUGAAGCUUGCUCUUGUUGAUCUGUGUCUGGUGUCCAAACCUGCCAUUGCUGAGAUCCAAGUUCUUGGUGUUGGCAGCAUCAGUGUGGAAGUUCCUGAGAGAGUAGAGCGAGGACAGAGUGUUUCUGCUAUAGUUCGCCUGUAUGAUGCCGUGGACAACCUACUUCCUAUUCCAGCCACAGAAUUCUUGGACUUGAGACCUGUACCAGACUCUGGGAUCAUCAGCAUGAAAUUGCAGCAGCAAGACAGAAAGGUGCCGUUGGCCUUGGGGGAGAUACGGUAUACAGUGACAGGACUGGAACUUGGCGAAACAGGUUUGAAGUUUGUAAGUGGUAGAGGAAAGAGGGAGAUCCAGAGUCAGCGUGUUUUUAUUCAAGUGUUUCCACCUUUGCGGCUGUUCCCACGCAACAUGACAUUGAUUGUGGGGUCCAAAUUUCAGAUCACGAGUCGUGGUGGGCCUCAGCCAGAUGCGUAUGUUGAAUACAGUAUUGCCUCUGCUGGUGUAGUGAGUGUAAGUGCUUCAGGAGUUGUGACAGGAGAUAAACUGGGUGCUUCAGUGAUUACUGGUAAAGCUGUGGGUAUGAACAAGGCCACUGGACAGAGGGUUGUAUAUUCCCAAGAUUCGAUUGAUGUGAAUGUGAUUCAGUUGCAAGGAAUUAAGAUUCAUACACCUUUAACAAGAUUGAAGACUGGUACCACUAUGCCGGUAUGGGCACAAGGCAUUCCUAAUAUGUUAUCUCCAAUAAUCAUUGGCUCCAUGGAGCCAUCCCUAAAAUUUUCUUGGAGUGUGACAACAAGGGAGGUUGGUGUGGUGCGGCAUGUAUUUGAAGAUUUUGGCCUUGUUAUUGCAGAGGAAGAUAUGGUGUCAAUGCGGUUUACUGCUGUGUCUCCUGGUCGCACCUUUCUUCAAAUGGACGUAUAUUUCCCUCCAGAGAUGGGUGGCAGGGUGGAUGUGCCGCACUUUCGUGACUCCUUGGAGAUCGAAGUGUUUGAGGAGCUGCUGCUGAUACGCCCACCCUAUCCUCUGACUCAGCAGUCUCCAGUCCUUGUCUUGGCUCCAAACUCAGAAGUGCAAUUGAAAACAAACCGAGAUGGUUUUGCCAAGAAAGUUGUGUACAGUUUAGGAGGAAGACUUUUGCCAGUGGGGCACAGUUCUGCUGGCAAUGAAACUGUGAGUAAGGCACUGGCAGAUACCAACCAGUUCUUGACAGUGGAAGCAACAGGCCUUGUGAGGUCACACAAUCAACUGGGAAGGUCUGUGAUUAUGGUGGUAGCAACUGAAGACUUUGGCAUCAAACAGGUGCUCAGUGUCAGUGUGGAGGUGA